AUGUCUCACGGCAAGCAGUUCACUCUCUAUACUCAACUGACCGGUCCCAACGGCUGGAAAGUGGUGGUUGUCCUCGAAGAGCUCGGUCUUACCUACGAACCUAUCUACCUCGACUUCGCUCAGGACGAGCAGAAGGGGCCAGAGUACACAAAAUACAACCCCAAUGGACGCAUCCCGACCCUCAUCGACCACAAUAAUGGCGACUUCACGAUCUGGGAGUCCGAUGCGAUACUCCUUUACCUCACGGAUAAAUACGACAAGGAGAAGAAGCUGACGGUGACGGGCGACAAGGAGAAGUACACCCUCAUCCAGUGGCUCUUCUUCCAGUCCUCCGGCCAAGGCCCGUACUUUGGUCAAGCCUUCUGGUUCAUCAGAUACCAGCCCGAGCGUGUCCCCUCUGCGAUUGAACGCUACCAGAAAGAGACAAUCCGCGUCUUCUCGGUCCUCGACUCUGUGCUCUCCAAGCCCGAGAACGGCGGCUGGCUCGUCGGUGGUAAGCCGACCAUCGCUGAUCUUUCCUUCAUCAAUUGGAAUGAUGCCGCAAUCAAUAUCGCGAUCAAGGACUAUGCGGACGUCGAGAAAGCGUACCCCGCGUUCUAUGCGUGGCACCAGAAGCUCAUUGCUCGUGACGCGGUACAGAAAGCGUUCGCGAUCCAAGCGUCGCUUCAGAAGUAG